GCAGAAAGCCUUGGACAUUCUUGAUCAAUCAUGCAAGCAGCAGGAGUUUGGUUAUCAACUCGGACUUCUUUGGAAAACGAACAGACCUAGUUUACCUAAUAAUUAUGACACUGCCUUGAAACGCCUAGUUAGCUGAGGGAUAUUUAAAAGCGAUAAAUGCAUAUGUUGAAAAGGGAUUUGCACGCAAGUUAUCGGAAGAAGAGCGCAUAAAACAUGGUGAACAGUGGUUCCUACCCCAUCACCCGGUUCUCUCCCCACACAAACCCCUACCGAGAGUAGUAUUUGAUUCCGCAGCAAAACAUGGUGAUAUCUGCCUUAACGAUUGUCUUCAAGCUGGACCCAGUCUCCAUAAUGAUUUGCCUGGCAUACUGAUGAGAUUCCGUGAGAAACCUGUGGCGCUUACUGGUGAUGUGUCGGAUAUGUUCUGUCAUGUGCGAUUAGAACCGGAGGACUGUAAAUACCAUCGUUAUUUAUGGCGCGGAUUGGAUAUGUCGAGACCACCUGAUGUGUACGAGAUGAACUGUCUGGUGUUUGGAGAUAAAUCUUCACCCUGCGAGGCAAACUAUGCUGUGAUUCGCACCACCGAAGACAACAAGGAAGAAUGGCCUGUCGCAGCCGCAGUGGUCAAGCGUGAUAUAUUUGUUGAUGAUUUAUAUACGUCCUGUUAUGAUGAUGAAGCAAUAACCUUGCGGAAGGAUGUGACAAAUUUGAUGGCGAAGGGUGGAUUCCCGAUGCGCAAGUGGCUCUCGUCGUCACGAAAGGUCCUGGAAACAAUACCCGAAGAAGAAAGGGCUGUCCCAAACAAGAACGUGAAUAGUGGAGAACUUCUGUCAGGGCGUGCGUUGGGGGUGAAAUGGGAUGCAAAGUCCGACAAUCUAGGCUUUGCAUUAGCACACAUUGAUCGUCCGAAGGCGCAAAAUACAAAGCGAGGUAUUCUGAAAAGAUUGGCUGCAUUGUACGACCCGUUGGGCUGGGCUAGUCCGUACGUUGUCCGUGCCAAGAUUCUUCUGCAACGCACCUGGUCUCGUGGCCUCCAGUGGGAUGAACAACUUCCACCGGACUUAGCAAUUGAAUGGCAGAAGUGGGAGGAGGAGAUGAUUUGGCUCAAAGCUUUCUCGGUCCCGCGCUAUAUCUACCGUGAGCCUUCGAAAGUCUGGUCUAAGUUUCUCAUAGUCUUUUGUGAUGCUUCAGAAGUAGCCUACGCCGCUGCUGCCUUUAUACGUGCAAAGUCAACCGAUGGAGAUUACGUGUGCCAUUUGAUUAUGUCGAAGACUCGUUUAAUGCCGCUUAAGACAGUCUCUAUUCCGCGCGGAGAAUUGAUGGCUUGUCAACUUGCUGUCCGACUGGCGAAGUCUGUUUGUGAGCAACUGGGACUUGACAAGUGUCGUGUCAAGUAUCUGUCUGAUUCCACGACUGCAUUAUGGUGGAUCAAGAGUGAGCCAAGGAAAUUUCGUCCAUUUGUUGCCAAUCGAGUGGCAGAGAUCCUGUCGGAGAGUGAUCCAAUUCAGUGGCAUCACAUUGGCACGAAGCUGAAUAUUGCAGAUAUUGCGAGCAGAGGAACGUCUGUAGCUGAUAUUUCCGCUGAUUCAACCUGGAUUCAGGGACCAGAGUUCUUAAAGUCUGAGUUCUCUGAGUGGCCUGUUGAUAAAGUUGCAGUUGAUUUUCCAGAGCCAAGUCAAGCGGAGUUGAAGAAAUCGGUUUUGAAAGCAAAGGUCGCACCAGCGAAGCCAGUUAUUGAUCCUGCCGCGUAUUCUAGCUGGAUCAAAACUCACCCGAAUAACCGCAUGGAUAUUUCGCAUGUGUAACAAUCUGCGCAACAAAGGGAAACGAAUAUCGGGACCGUUGACUGUGGACGAACUCGAUAAUGCUAACUUGUACUGGAUCAAAUGGGGCCAGAGCGAUCGCUUCCAAGACGAAAUCGAAGCGUUGAGAAAGGGUCGUCCGGUUCCACGAGAUAGUCGUAUUGCAAGUCUCGAUCCCCAACUCGUGGACGGUGUUUUACGGGUAGGCGGCAGAAUCGAAAAGGCGGAAAUCCCGUGGGAGUCGAAGCAUCCAGUUAUAUUGGACCACGGACAUGAUGUCACCCGGUUGAUCGUGAUCCACUACCACCGAAAACUUAUCCACGCGGGAGUCGAACAUGUCUUUAAUCAUGUACGUGAGAAAUACUGGAUUUUGCACGGUCGAGCCGAAGUUAAGAACUGUACAGUUAAGUGCCCACUAUGUUUUCGCCGUCGUGUUAAACCUAUGACGCAGAAAAUGGCUAAUUUACCGAAUGUACGUCUCGCAGGCGCAAGUGUUCCUUUUCGACACGUUGGGAUUGAUUAUGCCGGACCGUUUGAGACUCGAAUUGGACGCAAUCGAAAGGAAAAACGCUAUAUUUGCUUAUUUACGUGUCUCCAUAUGCGCGCGGUUCAUCUCGAGGUCGCACAUAGUUUGGACACUGACUCGUGUAUAAUGGCGUUGCGACGAUUUCAAGCUCGUAGAGGAGUCCCUGUUUGUAUAAUGAGUGAUAAUGGGACAAAUUUCGUAGGUGCCGAAAGAGAGUUGCGCGAAGCGUUGGAAGAUCUGGAUCAAGAGAAAAUCUCGAAUGAGUUAACAGCACGUGGAGUACGUUGGAUCUUUAACCCGCCUGCUGCCCCAUGGUUUGGAGGUGCCUGGGAAGCGUUAGUAAAGUCUGUCAAACGGGCAUUGAAAGUUAUGUUUGGGAAUGUUCUCACAGUCGAUGAAGUUUUCCUUACUGUCAUUGCCGAGGUAGAAGCGAUGCUGAACUCUCGUCCGCUUGUCUAUGGUGGAAGCAGUGAUUCACCAACAGAUCUCAGCGUGAUUACACCAAACCACUUCUUGCAUGGUCGUGCGAGUUCGAACGUGUCGCCCGGCGAGUUUAACCAACGAGAUAUGUCGUUACGUCGAAGAUGGCGUCAUAGCCAGUUCUUAGCGAACCAAUUCUGGCGCCGAUGGUCGAAUGAGUACAUUCCGCAGUUAAUAAAGCGAAGCAAAUGGAAUGUUGCACACAGAAAUCUACGUCGCGGUGAUCUUGUCUUGAUCGUUGAGAAGGACGUACCUCGUUCGCAUUGGAGGCUCGGAAGAGUGAUUGCACCGAUCGCAAGUGAAGACGGACUGAUCAGAUCCGCGGAGAUUGCAACGAAAACUGGAACAUUGACACGUCCUGUAGGACGGUUAGCAUUACUGGAAGCUUUUAAUGAUGAGUAACGUUCCCCCCGUUCACGUCACGGGCGGUGGUGUUUUGGACUUUGUCCAGUUUAUUAUAUAGUUCAUGUUAAUUUAUUAUGGUAAUAGACUUUUGUCCAGUAACAUUGAAAAUAGAAAGGUCAGAGGACAGAACCAACACAAAACGUUUUGAGAAACAGGGUUUUUCUGUAAAAACUGUUGAGUUGUACUAAAUAAACUACCUCCUCCGCAGGCCUUUCGAUGCGGGCGGGAAUAAUUUGCGGGCGUGAGAUUUGAGAUCAGGGAAGAACGGAAGGCGACGAAAGGCCAACCUCGUACCCAGGCUCUUACCUUCGCACGCCCCAAGCUGCGGAAAGACCCUGGUGCCGGCUGGUCACGUGGCUCCCAGAUUCUGGGUGCUAAAAUAAAUUGCUAUUCAGGGAGGGGUGGUAGAAAUGAUUUGUACGUAUUGAAAUUGUUUCUGAAUUUGUAAAAUAGUAAAAUUCUAAUUGUACGAG